CGCCCGGAAUGUUUGUACACGGGCCGUUUCGGCGUGACCUCGGGUUCCGCGGCGGAAACAUUUACAAGUUGCAGAGGAAGGGAGGGAAGAAGCCGGAGUCGGCAGUGGCUGAGGAGAUGGCGGGCAAUUUCUGGCAGAGCUCGCAUUACCUACAGUGGAUUCUUGACAAGCAAGAUGUGAUGAAAGAGCGACAGAAAGACUUGAAAUAUCUGGCAGAAGAAGAAUAUUGGAAACUACAAAUAUUUUUUGCAAAUGUAAUUCAAGCCCUGGGGGAGCACCUCAAACUGAGGCAGCAGGUGAUUGCAACUGCAACAGUCUACUUCAAGAGAUUCUAUGCCAGGUACUCACUGAAGAGUAUAGAUCCAGUAUUGAUGGCUCCAACUUGUGUAUUUUUAGCAUCGAAAGUAGAGGAAUUUGGUGUAGUCUCAAACACACGUUUGAUUUCAGCUUCCACUUCUGUGCUGAAAACCAGGUUUUCUUAUGCCUUUCCUAAGGAGUUUCCCUACAGAAUGAAUCAUAUAUUGGAAUGUGAAUUCUAUUUGUUAGAAUUAAUGGAUUGCUGUCUGAUAGUGUACCAUCCAUAUAGACCACUACUACAGUAUGUACAAGAUAUGGGCCAAGAGGACAUGUUACUACCAUUAGCAUGGAGGAUAGUGAACGACACCUACAGAACAGACCUUUGCCUCAUGUAUCCCCCGUUCAUGAUAGCCUUGGCUUGUUUACACGUAGCAUGCGUAGUCCAGCAGAAAGAUGCCCGCCAGUGGUUUGCUGAACUCUCAGUGGAUAUGGAAAAGAUUCUUGAAAUAAUCCGAGUCAUUCUGAAGUUGUAUGAUCUAUGGAAGAAUUUUGAUGACCGAAAAGAAAUGGCUGGAAUCCUUAACAAGAUGCCAAAACCUAAACCACCUCCAAACAGUGAGGGAGAACAGGGCCCUAAUGGUAGUCAGAAUUCAACGUACAGCCAGUCGUAAGAAACCGACAAUUCCAUGUACCCAAAGAUGUAGCGCUGAGUGGAUUUCGACUGUCUGAUAGACAAGGAACCUCCUUGCACUUCACAAAGACUUCUCUGCUAGUAAGCACAGAGGAGGGAAGAGCCCUGAUAUUGAGACUGAAUGUGAAUCAUCACAGUUACUCAGAUAAAAAGCUAUUAUUGGAAACUAAGAAUUGCUGCUGUGGAAAAAAACACUUGAGUUUCAUUUAUGUUUGUGACUUUGUCUAAUGUUUUAGAGAGAACAUUUUGUUGAUUGUCCUACUCAUGCUGCAUUUUAGAUCUAUGCCUAGUGAAACCUACACCGGGGGAAAGAACUUAAGUAGAUUCCCCAUUUGAAUUCUGAAUUAAAAUCUAGGGGAAAAUCAUUCUGUGUUUGGGAGGAUAAGGGGGAAUGUGGCUCCAUUUUUCUGAUUUUCUUUUCCCUGGGUAAGGGUGUGUACCUUUUUAAGAAACAACAAAAUAAUGUUUGGUACUUGAAAUAUGUGGAAUUAAUUAUGAAAUUGAAUCUAUAGAGUUUGCAACAGAGAUUUCUAUUGUGAAUUCAAGUUUCAGGUUUCCAGAUGCAUUAGGAUUGACCCUUUCUAUUUGCAAAGCUCUGGGGUAAAACUGUUAUUUUAAUCUUUAAACAAAGUAAAGGAAGAAAAUUUGAAAUACCAUUUUUAAAGAUGAUUUUUAAUAGGGUUACUUCUAGUUUGGUAGAUAGAGUCCUAUUGCAAUGUUUGUGAUACAACAACUGAUCUUUGGGCUUGGCCGUAGCAUCUGUACAAGAUGCAUGGUAAUAUUUGAUGAGGUUGACAAUACUCUGGUUACUUGUUUAUUAACUUGAAAGUGGCCAGCUGAACUUCAAAAGCAAACAAAAUGAAUUGGUGCCAAUGGCUGCUUUUUAACUGUCUUGAUGUGUAUGAGGAAUAAAUGUGCAGACUUUGUAUUUUUCUCUUCAUGCCUGUUUAAAUCAUUUCCUCUUGGAGGUUUCUCCUCAUCAUCACUAUUUGGAUGUCAAUUUUAUUAAAUUUGCCAUCGUUGAAGUGACAUUCACAUUGAACUUUGUGUAACUGAAUACAGCUAUCACAAAAAUGACAACACUUAAAAGUGUUUUAGUCUGUAAUGGCCUUCAGGAUUUCUAUAAAUAACAAAAUAGAACACAAUUCGAAGUCCUUUAUUCACUGACUGUUACAGAAAGGGACCUACUUGUAAUGAACAGAAGUAUUGUCAUAUUUGAUACCUUUUUGAGCCAUGCUAAAAUAUGACUAACAUUUGUGAUGUUUAAUAUUUUCAGAAAGUACAGUGGUUGAAACAAUCAGGUCAGUAGAAAUUAUUACACCAAACAGUGAAGAGCAACUUCUACUGAAAUUCCUAGAAAGCACAUUUUCAGAUGUUUUUCCUAUUAAAGUGAAUUGUGAAAUUAAUGUUAAGAGUUGUAUUGCAAUAAAGUGGACAUUUUUCAUUUUA